AUGGCACAAGUAGAUGAACAUGAGAUUCUCACUGACAUUGGAUUGCUACAGGCAUCGCCACAAACGGUCGAGUCACUUUAUACUUUUGUCUUUAAUAAUGGCAAAACCUACCCAAAACCAGAAUACCACCCAUGGAUUAGGCCGCCACCUCCAACUGAACCGUACACUGACAAGAUGAUGUACAAUAACGAUGCUUGUGAUAAGCGAUCAAGUAAUCUGCAUUAUCGUACCGAAUAUAUGUACCAAGACAACAGAAUUAGAUUUGCGCCUGCAGUUAGAGGAGGCUCAUAUAUGUUCUUCCCCGGGAAACUCUCAAAAAUACCUCAGGGGUUGAAUAAGCACCAUAGCAUCCAGUUUACAUCAGUGGUGCCAUAUGCAGUGUAUGGACUUCAGUUUGAGAGCAUUCCUUUCAUAAAAGAAAAAUAUGGCAUAACCAAGAUCCGUGUAGCCAUACAAAAUAAGCAUGGGGCCUGGAAUGACAUCACUAACAGUAAUGGAAUGGCAAUGAUGUUUGAUCUGGAAGGUCCAAGUGAAGGAAAAGUCGAAUUCCCAACCCCGGUAAUAGCCAUGGCAGUACGUAUCUAUCCAAUGUAUUGGAAGGGCUAUCCACUCCUGAAGGCAAAGCUUCUUGUGUGCUGAAUUAUAUAGAAACUAAACCAUCUGCUAUAAACACUAUUUACUUUUUGUUAUAAAUAACAUUAAAUUAAUAUUUAUAACCCAAGCAUCACAUUACCAUAGACAACCCUUCGGCACAAUCACAAAACGAGAUUGGCAUUUUAGAUGUAGAUUUCUAUUACUUGUCCAUGUUUGCUAACCCUGCAUAAGAUAACAACUUGCUGUAGCUGCUAAGUGAAGUGACCCAUAUUGGCCGUUUAUCAUUGGUGGGUAGAGCUCUAGCCCAAACGGAAUAAAUCUAUGAGCAUCUAAAUGCCACUUCC